AUGGAUUCAGUGGUAAAACCUCUAUUUGCAAUCUUGAUAGCGAUCAUCACAUUAAUGCUGAUUAUUUUGCUGAUAAAAUAUUUGACCAAGAAGAAGCCUCAUAAAGCAGUUCAAUCGAAAGUGAAUGCAACUACUUGGUCUGGCCUCUAUACAUUCUCAAAGGCGGAGAUCGAGAAUGCCUUAAAUUUUGGCAAUGAAAAAAUAUGCCUUUGGUGGGGAAGUGCUGGCCGUGUCUAUAAAGGUGUUCUUCCCAGUGGGCAAGUGGUGGCCAUCAAGCACAUAAAUAAGAGCAACAUCUCCGAUUCGUUUAAAAGGGAAGUUGACAAUCUUUCAAGGGUUCGGCAUCCAAACCUAGUUUGUCUCUUUGGUUGCUGCGUCGAAGAUGGCGAGCAAUAUCUUGUGUAUGAAUAUUGUCCAGCAGGCAACUUAGCUCAACAUCUCUUAAGAAAAGAUACCCUUUUAACAUGGGAUAUAAGAGUUAGGAUUUUAAGAGAUUGUGCGCUUGCACUGAGGUAUCUUCACCAUUACAUAGAUGGCUGCAUUGUUCACAGAGAUAUUAAGAUACAUGCUCUUCUUUUCCUUACGAACAUCCUUUUGAGUGACAAGUUGGAACCCAAGCUAUCUGAUUUUGGUUUGGCAAGACUGUUGGGGAUGGAAGAGACCAAAGUAUUCACUGAUGUGAGAGGAACUAUAGGCUAUAUGGAUCCAGAAUACAUGAGCAAUGCCAAAUUAACAUGUGCUAGUGACAUUUAUAGUUUUGGCAUUGUUGCUCUACAACUUUUAUCAGGACGAAAAGUAAUCGAAUUAGAUCUUGAUGCAAGAGAUCAACUGACAAGAAUGGCAAGGGACGUGCAUAUGGGAAAUCGUCUCUUAUCGGAUUUUGAAGACCCAAGGUUAGGUGGAGAUUUCAACAAAGCGGACUUCAAAUCCAUCUUACAAAUUGCUGUCCUCUGUGUUGCCAACACAAGUAGAGGACGCCCAAACAUUGAGAACGUGUUUGGUGAAAUGGAUACGGCCUGGAAAAACACUGAUACUUACAAGUUAGAUGAAAUAGACGGCUGA